AUGCGUCACAAAAAGCGGGUGUCACCUUCCAAGCCCCUGCAUGUGUCUGCUAUUCAUCCAAGAGGCUCUAUUACCAACUGGGAAAAGGUAAAAAAGGGCGGUAAUGUGUCAUCAUUGUGUGAAAAAACCCAGAUAGUUGCGAGCUCUAAGAAGGUUAAAAGCACUCGUAACAAAAGACGUCACAAGUUAAAGUCUCUAACGCCAACGAAUAAUGACAAAGUUUGUAUUCGCAGUCACGAGACGGCAAUGGAUAAAGAGCUUCAAUAUGUUUGCAGAGCGACUUUCCAGGACGCUACAGUGCAGCUUUAUGGGUCGUCCAGCACUGGACUUGACACUUUUCGAAGUGACCUUGAUAUUACCGUGGGCAAUCUUACGCUGUCUUCGUCUCAGUAUCUGCCAAAGGUGGUGGUGGUUGAUGAAGAGGAAGACGAAAAGGAGGAGGAGGUUGUUGUUAAAGAGCGACAGCAGAAGGAAGAAAUGGAUGCACAUAUGAACGUGUCCAGACCUGUACAGGAUAAAGAGGAGGAAGCAUCGUUCUCACUGAAUUUGGCGCUACCUGUUGGAACGGUUGCCUCAGUUGACAAUGCCCAUAUCACUCGUCGUGUGCAGUUUACACCAGCUUCGCACUGGAACCCGACGCUGCGUAGACGUAAACUCCGCGUUCUACGAGCGCUGCAACUUUUAUUGAAGUCCCAGAGACCCCAUUUCCAAGUAAAGUGUCUGCAUAAAGCCAGAACUCCCAUUCUUAUGGUGCUGGACACGAAGACCAAGUUGGCGAUUGAUAUCGGCGUCAAUCGUGAAAUGUUUGAGAUUAGUGAGCGUGGACGCUCGACGUCGCUUGCAAAAAGACUGCAAGACACGCUGGGCGCACCGUUUACAACCAUAGUCAUGUUUUUGAAGGAGUUUUUGUACCAGUAUGAGCUUGAUAAGCUUUUUACAGGCGGACUUGGUAGCUUUCGACUAUACAUGAUGGUGGCAUUUAUCUUUCAGCGAUAUGGCUCAAAUAAACCACGGCCACCUGUAUCGUCCCUCCUGCUGGCGUUCUUCGAGCUGUUUGGCAACAAGAAGCUGCCUAAAUUCCUGCACGAGGGCACACAGCUGCCGCUUCCUUUUGGAGAUGGUGGCCACAUGGAUUUUGGCGGUGUUUUCCGCAUUGAUGACUGUAGCGGGGAGGAGGAUCGCAAAAAGUGCCAGAUAAACAUUGAGCAACGCGUGUGA